AUGGUAGGGAUCGGAGGCCCGAACGGCGUUGGAAAGUCCACAUUGAUGAAACUGAUAGCGGGCGUCAUAUCGCCGCAACGAGGAUCUGUGCGUGUGGGCGGCAGCGAUAUCUCAAAGUUAUCAGCAAGGAGCCGGGCGCGGCUCGUGGCGGCAGUGCCCCAGGCGCCGGAGCUGCCGGCCGGGGCCAGAGCGCUUGAAGUCGUACUGAUGGGCCGAAACCCCCACCUAGGACUGCUUUCAUGGGAGACCGAGGACGACCUGUCAAUCGCAAUAGAAACCAUGAGAAUCACGGACACUGACCAAAUGCUCGACAGGCCAGUGGACCGUCUUUCGGGAGGCGAGAGGCAGCGGGUCGCCAUUGCCAUGGCACUGACUCAGCAAACGCCAGUGAUGCUCCUGGAUGAGCCAACGGCGAAUCUGGACCUCGCCUACCAGCCCGCGAUAAUGCAGAUGCUCAGAGAUCUGGCAGCUCGUGGCCGGACGGUCGUAACGGCAGUGCAUGAUCUCACGCUCGCAGCGCAGUUCUGCGACAAGAUCGCGCUGAUGUCAGGAGGGCGAUUUGUCGCUGUCGGCACGCCGACCGAGGUUCUGACGGCUGAUCGUAUCAGAGACGUGUACGGAGCUGAGGUCCGUGUGAUCGAUCACCCCGAGACUGGGAGGCCAAUUGUGGUCAAUUCCAUGCGGCCGCAGGGUUGA